GCCACUGCCACGCCCAAUUCCACGAUCAAGUGACCUCGCGUCUGGUGCGUGUCCUCACCGCCCUCCUGCGUGGCGCCACGUCGCUCGGCUCCGACGCUGGUCCCCUCCUCCUUCCACGCCUCCUCAACUGCAUUGCCUCGCAGUCCGAUCUGGCCGUCGUGCACUCCGGAGUUGCCCGUCUCCCCGGUCUCCUCGCGCUUGGCGAGGCCUCUCGAAUGAACGCCAUUGUUGACUUCCUACGGCAGCACGCGGUGCGUCGUCUGGAAGCACACGAGGUCGGAAACGCUGACUUGAUGCAGUGCUGCUGUGCCCUGGUCACGGGAAUCCCCAAUGAGACCCUCGACGGUCGCCGAUUGAGAGCCAAACUGGUGACGGAUUUGGGCCUGCUCUCGUUGUGUGUAAACUACUUGUGGGAGUUGAUUCCUGCCAAAGUACUCGCCCUGUCGGAAGAAGCAGCACUUGACACCAAGGACCCUGAUUUGGAGUGCUUCCUGUCGGAUAACGCAUUGCCCUUCGUUCUCCAACUCAUGCGAGGUUGUGUGUGGACGGUCGGGCACGGCACCGAUGACCCCAUUCCUCCCGCCUUCCCUGCAGCCCCUUCUGGCUGCACAACCCGCCAACUUCUUGCCUUCCUGCACAAACUGGAGACCUCCAAAUCGGCGGGUCGUGUGGGCCUGCUCGCCGAAGACCUCCUUGAUGAGUGGGUUGGGACUGUAAAAGAGGGCGAAGCAGAAGGUGGUGGUACGGACGUGGACCCACAAUCGCUCGCUGGAGUAGUCUCCACAGUGCGCGAGUUGCGUAGAUUAACUGUUCAACGGAAUCGACGCAUCGCUCGGGAAGUACGACAGAGGCAGUUGCUCUCGCUCAACAUGAAGAUCAACGAAAAAGGACAGGUAGCCAUGUCAGCGUCGGACAAAUUGGCCGAGAUGACAGCCCAGGUGGUCGAGGAGACGGGUCUGCAGUGCGCCAUCUGCCACGGGGGUCCUCGCUCGGCGCCGCAGGAGGAGCUCGCAAUCUACGUCUUCAUCCGUCGAUGUCCUCUCGAAGAGGGUCUUUCCACCACACCGUCCACGUCAUCCCGGUCGACGCCUGGCAAGUCGGGUGCACCACCUUCGACGACGGACAGCGAAGGCUUCACGACGGUGUCGAGCUUUGUCGUGGUUCACUUCGAGUGCCAUGUCAAAGCCAUAAGAGCUUCUAACCAGAGCGAAUGGACUGUGGCCUCGCGUCACAACAGGGAUGCCCGCUGCAACUGUCUCAUCCCCAUUCUCAUGGGCGGAACACAAGCUAACCAGGGGGAGGACGACCUCCGAACGAAUCUGGAUGAACUUUUUGCCAAGCGAAUGUCGUCCUACGCGAUGAAUAUCAUGUCCCUAGUUUCGCUACCCAUCUCGACGAAGCUUGUGUUCCACGACAUCAAGCUGCUUUUACUGCGGUUCGCACAUCAGCGACCCUUCCACAGCGAAACCGGUGGCGGUGCAAGAGAGAGCAACAUGAACCUGGUUCCCCACUUGAUGCAGAUCGCUAUUUUCGAGCUGAACAAGGAGCAGACUGUGGUCGCGGAACAAUCCAAUCUCAUGCAUCUUAUCGUCAGACCCGAGACCUAUUGGAGUACCGACCCAGGCGCCUGCUGGGAUCCCCUCGGCCCGCUCUACUCCAUCGUGGCUGCUCUUCACCUUCUCACCCCUAAAGAGUGGCGCAAACACCGGGCCAAUCUACUGCGUCACCUGAUGGGCCUAGCAUAUGCACGGGCCACCACAACCGACAACUCGGUAUCAGUUGAAUUCUCCAUCUACAAACCCUACCUCCUCUUCUUUGGACUGAUCCAGUCGUUUUACGAACACCUCUUCAAGGUCAGUCACUGGCUCCUUCCCGAAUUAGCAUCUCUCUCCAGGGUGGACAUUGUCGAAUCACAAAACUAG